UUUUGGCAGAUAACAUUAUUUUGAAUCCGUGUUGUAUUAAAAUAUUUUUCGUAUGCGGAAAGUUUUCAAAUUUGAAUGUAAAUAUUUUAAGAAUUAAUUUUUUGAUAUGGGAGUAAGUCAUUCAGGCCAUCCGCGCUCAGUAAACAUGGAUAAUCAGAUGCCAAUCGGUGUUGUAGAAGUUUCUGAAGAUGUUGUAAAGCGUCUUAAAAUUGGUUUGACAAAAGAAUCAAAAAAGUCAGCAUCUGCAUCAUCUGAGCAAUCUAAUGUUAUCCAAAAUCCGACACCUAUUCCAUCACAACCAUUACCUCAAACAACACCAUCACAAUCGCCACCGGUUGUGUACAUCGAUCCUUCUAUGUCAGUGAUUGAAGCUCGCCGACAAAAAGUUCAAGAGCUUCAACAAAUUGAUGCUUAUUGGAAAAAGCGGAUGGGCCAAUUAGAGCAAAAUUUGAAUAAAACAAAUAAAAUAAUGGAAGAUGAAUACAGUGCUACAAUCGAAGAUGUAAAAAAAAGAUUUGCCACUUCUCAAUUAUAUCCCAGUCAACAACUAUCUUUAUUACAAGAUUUAAAAAUUCAAUUAAUUGCGUGUUUCCGUGCUAAUCGCCAUGAACCAUUAAAAUGCUCUGAAGAAGUAAAAGCUUUUACUGAUUGUGUUAGUAAAUGUCGAGUUAAAAAAUUAGAUGAAGGAAUUGAAGAAACCCAAAAGGGUUCAAAAUCAACUGUAGAGAAACCAAAAAUUAGUCCAAGUAAAGCAGCAUAAUGCAGUUAAAUUUAUAAAAAAAUUACAGUAUAAAAAGUAUAAAAAAAGAAAAAAAAAAUAUAAAAUGAAAAUAUAUUCCUAUUUUGUUCUGCCGGUUAACUUUUGAAGGGGUUAGAAGAAGAAGGAGUUAAGUAACAUUUUCAAUAUUUCGAGAAAAACGCAUUUUUAUAUUCUGAUUUUAAUAACGUUGCAACUUUUUACCUAUUUGAAACAUAGAAUUUUUAUUUUUUAGAUCUUAUAUUGUUCUUAAAGUACUUUCAAAUAGGGUAAUUUCAAAUUUUUGUGAAUUUUUGUGAAAAGGCAAAAGUGGAAUUUAGAAAUUUUACACAAAUAAAAUUUACAAAAAACAAACUGUUGAAGAAUUAAAAAGCGUUAAUUGAAUUUUUGUUUUAUUUUUAACUUAUUUAUUUAUUAUUUUUUUAUUUAUUAUUUUUCCAAAUAUUAAAAAAAUAAAAAACAAAAUUUAAUUUAGAAAAUAACAACAAAAAAAGUUCGUCAUAUUUGUUCAUAAUAAACCUUACAAACUUAAUAAAAUAUGUAAUUUUCUUUUAAAUUAAUUGAAAAAGAAAAAAGUAAUAUUGGUUUCACAAUAUAUUAUUUAUUAUAUAUUUUAAUACCAUAUUAUACUAGGUAUUAAAAUAUUAAAUAUGUAUAAUAUCAAUACAUAAUAUUUGUUAAAUUACUAAAUAAAGCACUUUUUCAAUUCAGAUAUAAUAAUAUCUACCUGUGCAUGUGGGUACUAAAAUUAAUAAACAAAAACAAAAAUGUGAAAUAAUUUUCUGUUAAUUCGUUAAUUUCAUCAAAUAUCUCACUAGUAUUUAUAGUUCAGGUUUCCUUCCGAUUAUAUUUUGAUAGAACUAUUUAUGUUCAUUUGAAAUGAAAAUGAACUGUACUUUUAAAUUUUUAAUAUUUUCUUCACUAAUACUCGUAGAUUAGUGAAGUGUACAUACUAAAUUGAGCUUCUUCAGUAUGAACGUUGUCCAUAGAUUUCUUCUUUUCUUUUUCUUGUUCCAAAACCGGUUUUACCAUUUGCUUUCCUCUUGAUUCUAUUGUUCCCAUAUUAUAAGAAAUUUGACUUACAGUUUCUUAAUUAAACAAUAAUAGUAAAAUAUUAACAAUAAUAGCAAAAUUUUAGCCCUCAUAACACUUAACAAACACUAGUAACACUUUAAUCUUCUAAAAUAUGAUAACCAGUUUUGCUAAUAUUUUGUUUUUUUUUUAUUGAAUUGUUUGUGGAUGAAAAUGUCAAAUGCGUACUUAACCCCUUUAUGAAAUAAACUUUUUUCUCAUUUUAUCUGAAAACAUUUAUAUUGUACGUGUAUGUUAAGUGAUCCCUAACGCCUUCAUUUAAUAAACAAAAGAUUAAAAUGUGUACUUAACUCUUUUUUUUAUUGUCUAAAUACCGUAAAACUUGAUACAUAUUUCGAAAAACGGGUUUUUGUAAAAGAUGUGUAAUGUUUUGAAAAGACUAAAGCUGCCAAAAAACGAUUUUUGAAAAAAAUUUCACUGAACUCCUUAUUCUUCUAACCCCUUCAUUUAUUUAUUUCUUUUAUUUUGUAUUAAAUGAAUGUAAAAACUAUGUUAACUUUAGAAAUUGAAAAACAUUAAUAAAACAAAAAUUAUUUAAAUUCUAA